AUGAAUGAGAAUGGUAAGAGGACCCGCCAACAACAAUACAACUACUCUGGUGCUAUGAUUGGCAAGCUGAAGCCUGAAGGAGGGGAGAGCGUCCAGAUGGCUCUCAAUUCUGGGAGUGUUCCUAGAUAUGGAAAAGUGACGCAGCCAGAGCUCGCGCAUUGGCCACCGGUAUACAAACAACAAUUUAAGCGCUCGAUGAGCAUGAACCACGCUGAGACAAUUGCGGCGAGAAGACCUAGUAAUCAAACGAAGGCUGGGGGCGAUCGCUCCAAUGGAGUUCAACCUGGAACGGUGAAUGGCGAUACAGGGAAGCGAAACGGGGAGAUUACCAAACCACAUCUGCGCAGUCUGAUGAUAACAAAUGAGAACGGGAAAGAGCUCAGGAAGAGGUAUAUUAUUGACCUUCGUCUCACGAUCGGAGGAGUACAACGCAACCAGGUGUGGUUCCACAGUGGCCAGCGCGGAAGAGAAGCUCGACGGGUCAUCCUCCUCGUCGGUCUCGACCGGUUCGUCGUCAUCGUCAGGACGGUUAAUCCGAGUCGCCCGACGAGAAGUAGAGUGCACCUCACAACGAACAUAUUCCAGGAUAUCGAUGACCACAUUGUAAAGCCAUCGACAAGCAGCUUCUUCAUGGUGAUGGAUGAGAACAUCGUCGAGGUACACCGACCAGAUUUAGGUAUGCACGCACCUUCACGCCUAAUUGCCUUGACCACCGGAAAGGCACAGCCCUUGAGCCGCUGGGCGAUGAGUUUUUUCACCUUCUCGGAUAAGUCGCCGAUACGCAAAGUUGAUUCUUCAGAGGGCUUCGGGAAUGGCCUCGAAGUUGCCGCCAUUGCAGCAUUGUUGACCUCCACCAACCGGCCAGAUAGCUUUAACGCCUCCAAAGAUACGAUCCCAAACCAAGAAAUAUCAUCGGAGAUUCUGUAUCGAGGAGCUCCCUCGGAUACACCAAUCCCUCGAGCUUACAAGCUGCUCCGAAGAUCGAACAUUUCAGAGAGAUCUUGGAGGUUAAUGUAUAAGAGUGUGAACACUGCCACUAUCGAGAACUAA